AUGGACAAGGUUCAGAGUUCUUUCACCUUUCUAGUUUUGUUUUUAAUGGGAUGCCCACCUUUAUGUUUGCCUUAUGAAGGUUACAAUCAGUCACAAACAUCCACAAAUAUCACUAAGCAGGAAAGUGUUUCCUCGAGACUCAGAGCUCUGAAACCUCCUAUGCCCACGCAAUUACCAGGCAAUAAUGGUAAUGGGAAGGGUGAUACACAUAACCCUAUAAAGACUAACAGGAGUCUAACAACCUAUGCAGCACCCCUGAACGCUGAUACCUGGAAUGCAGCACUGAUUCCACGUAGACCUGCUCUUGUUCAAGUAAUUGUGAUUGCGUGUAUAGCCUUCAGCAUUGCUCUAAUAUGUGGAAUCAGUAUUUCCUAUGUGAUAUAUCGGCUGGUCCAGGCUGAGGAAAGACAGCAACUUGCCUGGCUUUAUAACAAUGUCAGGAUACCAUUACUGGGAGACAAGGACGAGGGUUCUGAGGAUGAGAGCCAGGAUGAGUCCACCUACCUACUUCCAGAGAAUGAGAAGGAGCUGGAAAAGUUCAUUCACUCAGUUAUUAGAUCCAAAAGAAGAAAACAUAUGGAAAACAGACUGAAUAAAGAACAGUCGUUAUCAAGGGAAACAAGUCUAGAUAAUUCUAUGCAGAGUGUGAGCCCGGAGAAUCUGUGA